AUGUCUACCACAACACGCUCAAGCAAACGCCAGAAGACCAAUGAUGACCUGCCUUAUACCUUGAUUUAUUGGCCAUCAAUCCCAGGACGAGGAGAGCACGUACGUCUCGCAUUUGAAGCCUCAGGAACACCGUACAGCGAUAUCUCAAACGAGAGCAAGGACGGCAUCAACGCCGUCCUCGCACAGAUCAGUGGGGAGAACAUAGGUGACGAGCACAAUCCGCCUCCGCUCGCACCACCGGUCCUCAAGCACGGAGAAGAUAUCUCAAUCUCCCAGACCCCCAACAUCCUGCUCUACCUGGGUCCCAAGCUCAAGUUGGUCCCUAACAUCGAAGAAGACCCCAUCGGAAUCUACCACGUCAACGCGCUCGCCCUGACCGCCUUGGACGGCCUAUCCAACGAAACGCACGACACCCACCACCCGAUCGCCACGGGCGAUUACUACGAAGCUCAGAAGCCCGAGGCCCUCAAGAAAGCCAAGGACUACCGCGCAAACCGCCUUCCUAAAUUUCUCGAGUAUUUCGAACGCGUCCUCAGAGGAGAUGCUUCGCAAGGCGGUGAGUAUCUCUACGGCGGCCAACUCACGUACGCGGAUCUGGUGUUUUUCCAAUGCUUGGAUGGUGUGUCAUUCGCGUUUCCUAAGUGUACGGCUAAGCUCCGGGAAAGCGGCGAUUAUGAUCGCGCUUUUGCGCUUUACGAUCGUAUCAAGGGUCUUGAGAAGGUGAAGGCAUAUCUUGAGAGUGAUAGACGACAAAAGUACUCGCAGGGCAUUUAUCGUCAUUAUCCGGAGUUGGAUGAGGACGGAGAGGGUGAUGCGUAG